GUCGAUUCGGAAUCGGAACUCGGAGGCUCCCAGCAUUGAAUUGGUGUUAAGCACGAACCGAACGAAAUGGAAAUGGAAAUGGAAAUGAGCGAACGAGACUGAGAAUGAAAAUCAGCAGUUGUCAUUGUCAUUGGAAUUGGUUGUGGACGAGCGGGCGGAAAAUGGGUGCGCUCGAAGGCAAAAAGGGAGAUGAAAGACACGCCAUCGAAAGGAGAGUCCACCCGAGCUCCGUUAAUCCAGUUGCCGCUGUUCACUGCAACUGCUCGGUUCGCAUUCGCUCCUGCUCUUUUUACCGUUACUUGACGCAGUCCGUUUAUCCGGGGAGUAUCCCGUUUAUCCGGAAAACCCUCGUAAUUAUAGAUCCGUCAAUAUAACAAUCCGAUCGUGCUGAAAUUUCAAUAUAAUAGCUGUACCUAAUUGGAGCACGGUAUCGGUAUCUCGCUAAUUGUGGGGGCUAUCCCCAAUUCACCGAUCGCGUUAAAAUAUUUCCGGGAGUAAUUUAGUGGUUUUCCACUGAGCUGUAUAAUAUUAAAAGUUCCUUAAAAAUUGUAAAAGUAGUUCUUUUGAGUGCAACAUUCUUAAUUACAAUUAAAAAUUGAAAUGUUAGAAUGAAUUUUCAGCUAGGCGGUGAACUAAUUUAAAACCCCUUAAUUAGUUAUGAGACCUAGUGCUUAAAUCUAAUAAUUAACUUUACAUACAAGUUAUAGUAUUAAAACAACAAUUCGUACAGCAAACAACAUCAAAUGACAUUUCGAAAUUUUGCGUUUGUCAGCCAAACGUGCUAAAAGGUUGUAGAUUAUGAGAUAGUGCAGGUAUUACUAGUGGAACCAACUAAAGUAAUUAUAAUCUGAAAAAACCCCGGCCUCAUUUUGGUGGCUUUCCAUGGUUUAAUAAACUGCCUUCGCGGAAAUUAGUUUGAUCCCAGAUAGUGGAUUAAAAUGUAUUAUAUCAAUAUAAUUAAAUUAAUUAAAUACAUAAACAUUAUCUAAUGUUCUGAAAAGUGCGCUUAAGGAAAGUAGAUAUAACUUAUUAAAAUCAUAAAUAGUAAAUAUUUCAGAGCACUAUCUACUGCUACUGAUUUGCUAAGAGCUCACAAACUCCGACAUGUCAAACCAACUAUUCUUCCUGAGUUUGGCGGACAUCUUCUCGGUGUAUCCGGCCAUCUUCAAGGAGCAGAGCAAAAAGCUGAAGAAAACCAAGCAAAUCUAUCUGCCCAGCGAUGAGGAGUGGCAGGACAAGAUGUACUACAUGCUGUUGGAGAUUCAGCGCCAUGUGAACGAAUCUUCCGAUGAAGCGCUAACCCUACACGAUAUCAAUAAAAAGGAAAAACCAGUGUUUGAUCCCUUGCGCAUAACCAAGAUCAUAUCCCCUGGAGUUAGCCCAUGUGGAAGACGGAGUAGGACCCUUAAGUACUGUCAUUCCACUGCGGUGAAGAUCAAAUUGAAAGCCGGAGCACGUUGGACUCUGCCCACAAUCGCCAAUGCCGCCAAACUGCUCCGCAAACCACCGAUUUUAGUGGACUUCCAGAAUGAGCACGAGAUGCGUUUGGCUUUCUCCUUGAUCUACGACGUCUUCCGAUAUAAGGUGGUUAUGUCGAACGCUUUGGACGAUGUCUCCUUCUUUGAGGAGCACAAAGAGUACAAAAACGAUGAACAAAGGAUUUGGUUAAUGCUCUUCGAACUCUACGAUCGGCAGUUCAAGGGUCGAAAUUCCGAGGAAAAGGAUUUGCAAGCGAGUCUUUACAAGGAGUCUGAAGUUACAGAGCACGCGGAUCUCCUUUGGCAACAUCGCAUUCGAUUGGCAGCUUCCAUUUCCCGGAUGAGAAUCGGGGUGGGAGCACUCCGGCUUUCUCAACUGCUUCCUAUCCACCUCCAAAACGAGAAGGUGGCCAUCGCAGCUGCCAAUCCUGUUGUGACCGGUUGGAUAAAUCCAUUUUUAAUACGAAAUAAAGAAGAGGCGGAUAAGAUACUUACAGAAAUGGGCUUUACUGUCCACGGACCGGAAGAUGAGGAGCCACUUCUGGUCCAGCACUGUAAAUGGGACAAUAUAUGUCCUUUGGUUAUAUCCUGCAUUCCCAAGGAUCGCAGCGAGUUUACCAAAUCCGUGCUGAUGAGUAAACAUUACUUUAUAAUGCAGGACAAGAACUUCACCUUUGGUCCGGCAAUCAUGUCCAAGUUGAUGGAUUACUUUGAGCUGGAUGGCGACAUAUUGCAGACCCACAUAGGUUCACCUCGAUCCACCGCAUACUUGGCAGCCUUGUUUUACUCCAUCAACCGGGUGAACAACUUUUAUGUUUAUGGAGCUGGGGCAAAUCUGAAGGAGUAUCGUCGCUAUAUGGAAUCCAUUGGGGUUAAUAACAUCAGGCUGUUUGGCGAUGCUUUCACUUCGUUUCCCAUGGAAUCGAAUCGAUUUCGAACGGUUGUGGGAAUCUUCGCCACUCCACCGAAUUCCUUUAGUGCAAUUUCGGAUCCCAUCGAUUUAAUCUGUUCCCGGGGUGGCGAUCUGAGUAUGCUGGAGGUGCUCACCGAAUCGGAGGUCAGCGAUGAGGGUCGCCAGCGGGUGGCCAUGAUCCUCGAGGAGCAGCUGCUGACCCUCACCAUGUCGAUGUCGCGACCGCAAGUGCAGUUUGUUCUCUAUCAAACGCACUCGAUUGUGGGCACUGAAAACGAGGAUAUGGUGCAGCAUGUCCUGGAGCUGAUCAAUAAACUGGCACUGGAAAAGCAUCGCAACGCAUACAAGGAGCAAAAGCGUCUGGAGGCGAUAGCUGAAGCGGAGGCAGCCAACAUUCCAGCCGCUGCAAUGAGCAAGGACUCGCCCAGGAAGAAGGACAAACCCUCCACGCAGCCGGAACCUACAGCUCCUGGACCUCCGGGCUCCACAGCUCCCCCCUUGCCGCGCGUGGACAGCAUUGACCUCAUAGUUACACCCGAUAUCGACGAGUUCGUGCAGGACACCGUGCCGGAUAUAUGCAUCAAUCAAGAUAAUUGCAUCAAACAGCAGGCCACGGGCAGUUACUUGGCCUUGGUACGCCGAAAAACCCUGACUCAUUUGAAUGAAAAGUACUUGAUUUGCCGGGCGGAGCAGAGAGGACUCUUUGGCAAGCCCGAAAAAGAUGUCAAGGAGCGGUCGAGACCCAAGACAGUGAAACUCCAGGAGCAGCAAUCGGAGCCAGCGCCUCAGGACAUGGGCUACGAUCAGAGGGGCUCCGCCCAUAGUUCAAGUGCCCAGCAAAUUCUCCAGCGUCUGCAGCGCUCGACGAGCGCCAGUGCGAUCCGUUCGCACCUGACCAAAGUAUCAUCGACGUACCGCCGGCCCAUCGCCUUCAACUUCAUUCGGCGCGAGUGCAAACGCUUCUACGUCUUGCCCGUCUACAUGCACAGCACCAAGCAGAGCAUUCAGUUAUGGUGGCAGUAUGCCUACAAGUGCGUCACGCCUUCCGCCUCGACCGGUGCCGUAUGGAGUCAGAAUCUGAAAUUCCGGCUCUACUGCAGCCGGCAGCUGCGCAUCCGGAAACUGAGACGUGGUCCGUGGUCCAGGAGACAGCCCCUCCGGCUGCAUAUCAAUGACAUCAAGCUGUUGUGCCAAGUGCGCAGGCAAAGUAAGUAAGUGGGCGUUUUGCAAAGCCCUAAAACGUCUAGAAAAAUGCAAUGGUACGUUUAUAUUGUCAUGAGUUUUGUCGAAUUCCACAGAAAAUUCUAUUUAAAAUUUUAACGAUAAGCUUGCCGCAAUUUUAGGGCAUUGUCAUUAAUUUGCCGAUAAGCUAAGCCAACCAGUGUUGUGAACGGUGAACUUUUAAAUUUUAUACACACCAAUUUCAAAACACAUUCUAAAAUUGUAUUGAAAAGUCUUUUUAUU